AUGGGUCUCGGUAACCUCAAAGGGCGCGCCCUCACCAUAGGCAUAACCCUCACUUCUGGUAUCGGCUUCAUGCUGUUCGGCUGGGACCAGGGAGUGUUCGGAGGCAUUCUCGGGAAUGAACGCUUUCUUUCAACUUUCGACGAUCCCGACGCGACCAUCCAGGGACAGAUUGUGUCAACGUACGACAUUGGAUGCAUCCUCGGCGCGGCUAUGUCACUCUUCGUCGGCGACCGCUACGGUAGGCGCAUGGCCAUUGCUAUUGCUUGUCUCUCAGUUACCGUUGGCGGUGCGCUCCAAGCAUCCUCCUUCACCCUCGCCCAGAUGAUCGUCGGACGUGUCGUCGCCGGCGUCGGCAUUGGCUUGAACUCUGCAACAAUCCCAAUGUGGCAGAGCGAGACCAGCAAGCCCGAGCAUCGCGGAAAGCUCAUCGCGCUCCAACUCGUUCUCGUCAUCUUCGGCAUCGAUAUCUCGCAGUGGGUUAAUCUCGGCAUGACAUAUAUCGCAUACAGCGAUGCGAGCUGGCGGUUCCCUCUUGCAUUCCAAUGCUUCCUCGCAUUGCUUUGCAUGUUUCUUCUCUGGUUUAUGCCGGAAUCACCGCGCUGGCUGUACUACAAGGACCGAUUGGAAGAGGCACAGGAGAUUAUGGCGCACCUCGAAAACAAGUCUACCGAUGACCCAUCCCUCAAGGCCGAAAUCCGUAUAAUUGCCGAAACCAUCAGCCACGAGCGAGAGGCCCAAGCUGUUGGCUGGCGCGAGGUCUUUGCAGGUGGCGAGCAGCAGGAUCUUCGCCGCAUCAUCCUGGGCGCAGGGACAUCUCUUAUGCAACAAUUUGGCGGUAUCAACGUCGUCGUGUACUAUCUUCCGGUCAUUCUCACUCAAUCCUUUGGCUUCUCGCAACGUCUGAGCUUGAUCUUGUCGGCCGUCGAUUUCAUCUCUCUCUGCUUCUGGGGCUUGAUGAUUUCGUUCGUGAUUGACAGAGUGGGCCGGAAGAACCUCAUGUUGUAUGGCGCCAUGGGCCAAAGUUUCUGUUUUGCCACGGCCGCCCUUGGACUUGGAAUUGGUACAAAGGCGACGAAUGGCGUUGCAGUUGCCUUCAUCUUCCUCUACCACGUCUGCUUUGGUCUUUCAUUCUUGUCGAUCCCAUUCAUGUAUCCAUCAGAGAUCAACUCGCAGCGUAUGCGAAACAAGGGCAACGCCGUCGCGAUGAUUACCAACUGGAUUGGUGUCUAUGUCAUCGUGUCCAUCACUCCGCCAGCAAUAUCCAACAUUGGAUGGAGAUUCUAUAUCAUCUUCGCUGUUCUCAAUCUAGCAUGGGUUCCAUUCAUCUGGUAUUUCUAUGUCGAAACAGCUGGACUCUCCCUAGAGGAGGUCGACCUCAUGUUCUCGCUUAAGUAUACUGGGGGGAAGUAUAUGACUUACAAGGAAGCGCGAAGACGAGUAAUCGAACAGAGAAGGAAUAAUACUCUGGCAGCCUCGGAAAAAGAAAUCAUCGUCUCUCAGGAAGAGCUGGCUGCUUAA